AACAACUUUUCAAAAGAAAUUUGAUUUACAUCUCUUGAACCGAAGGUUUUAUUAUUAUAUUCUGAACAAUGACGAAACUAUAAAUACAUCACACACAUUGGAUCAGGUCAAUUACCGGUUGCACAGUUCAGGAUUGUGUAAAUAGAGUAACGAUGUAAGACUUUGCUAGAGGUUGCAUCAUGUCAGAAAUAAACAUAGAGGAAACAGGAAGGAGGAAGCAUAGGAGACGCUCUGUGCGCUUCCUGAGGCGUCAGUCGGACAUUGCUGCUCCAAACCCACAAGGACAGCCUGAUAACAAUGAAGUUGAGGAAAGCAGUAAGGAGCCAGAAAAUGUGUAUGGGAGUGUGUGGAUGGAACAAGCAUCACCGAUGGUAAAGAAGCGACGACGCAGGUCCAGUAUGUUGGUCCGAGCACCAGGAAGGGCAUUGGAUGAGUUAGCAGAUGGGCGAGCUGGAGUGGAGAAUGGCCAGGACAGUGAUAGGGUGAACACAGAAUCUUAUUUGCAGCAAAGUUUGUCUGAAUCAUUCAGUAACACAAAAGACUCUGACCAUAAAAGAGGCUUCACUGAUAACUGUGUACCGGUCAAUAGUGCUACAAAUCCAUCAACAAGUAAAUGUAGCUCACCAGGACGAAAAGAAGCUACCAGUCCAUGGAGCUCUCUGGAUGGAAAAGUAACCAGUCCAUGUAGCUCAGUAGGACGAAAAGUAACCAGUUCUUCAUUACCAAUAGAAAUAAAAAUAUCUACGCCACGAACUGAGCAGGACAUUUCACUUACAUCUAGGCCCUCACCUGCCUCAAUGUCUCCAGACUUCCCUGUUUCUCCAGGAUAUGACCUUGAACUUGAUCAUGCCAUUGCUGCCAGUCCAGGCUUGUCUGAUUCAUAUAAGAAUCAAAAUAAAAACAUUGAUACCAAUCGGGUUACUGAAAAUAGAAAUGAGUCAUAUGAUAAUUUAAGUCCAAUAAAAAAGAAACUAUUAAAUGAAAGUAAUGAUUCAGAACAAGAUGUAGAAAAAAGAAAUGCUAGUGAAGAGUCUGUUGAAAGGGAGACUAGCAAACAGCACUUGGGUAAUAAUUCCGACCUGAGCUUAUCUGACAAAGAAAAUAAUGAGACAAGUUUGAAUGUGACUCCAGUGGACAAAGAUCAUCCUGAGAAAGAAUCUCCCGGAUUUAUGUCCCUUUGUAAGGUAUUUGCUGGGAAAGUCGUGAAUUUUGUGAAAACAAGUCCUUCCUACCUUACUGGUGCAACAUUAGACACCAGUAAUAUUUUAAAUGUAAGUGAAUCUCCGAAGUUGAAAGUUGACAGUUGUAAAGAGAAGUUUAAUGAUGCAAUGAGUCCCUUACAACACCUUUUCACCAUGGAAUCACCACACUUGCCUGAAGUUGUUUGCAAUGCUGUUGAACAAAACAUUCAUACCCCUACAUCUAAAAAUGUAAAUGAAGGUACUGAAAGUAAUAAAGGUGAGAAGAAAGUGGAGAAAGGAAGACGACACAGUGUAGACUCAGUAUUGUUAGGGUCAACUAAGAAGAAUAAAGGCAGAAAGGUAUUCAUGGACACAUUUAAUGCUGUAAGCAAGGUAUUUAACAAUGACACUUCUGAAAUUCAGCAAGAUACAUGUAAAGUGAAGACUAAUACUGUUAAAUCAAAAAGUGAAAGUGACAUUGACUCAUCUGAAGCAGUUUUAAACCAUCCAGUGAUGGAAAAAGUGUUUGAAGAUGUUCAAAGGGAGACUGAAGAUGCAGGUAAAACACAAACUGGUGUUAACAGUGAAACAUUUGAAAUGGCUGGGAGGAAUGUUGUAGAAGAAUCUACUGAUAUGAUCAUUGACAAUGGCCCAGCUUCUGAACUUGGGUUUGAUAAUGAUCUUACUACAGAUGACUCUAUUAAUAUGGUCACAGAUAAUCUUCCAACUGCUACAUGUAAAUCAGACUCUGAUAUUGCACUGACUACUGAAUGUUAUUCAGAUAUCCAGACAGUUGUGCCUGUUGAUACAGUAAAACCAGUUGGUACCGACUCAUGUGCUGAUAGAUUAACAAUGCCUCCGAUUGGACUUGAAAUGGAAGGCAAUAAGAUCCUCGUCAGUGAUGAGAAACUUGAUGGUAAUCAUGAAAAGGAAAGUAGUUUAGACUAUGGUAAAGACAAACAAAAACGAAGAAAGAGACGUGCUAUUGUAAUUGAACAGAAAUGUAAAAACGAAAAUAUGGAAAAGUGUCAAACUUCAAUUCCAAAGCUUUCUGACUUGGCUAAUAAAAAAGUAGAUGAAUUUCAACUGCAAGCUAAGUUUUCUGUAGGAGUAAGAGAAAACGGCAGCAAAACUACUAAAAGAAAAAAAUCUGGGAAAUUUGAUCCCAGGAAAGCAGAUGAUAAAAACAGUGCGACUGAUCAUACAGAUGGAAUGCAAGUUCUUGAGGAAAAGUCAAGAGGAAAACCGAAAAAUAGGCGUAGGUCUUUUGGAUUUGUAAACUUAAAUUUUGAAACAAUUGCGCAAAGCAAGGAUUUGAAACAGUUUGAUUCUUGUAAAGAAGACAAUAAAGACAGUGCUACUGAUCAUACAGAUGGAAUUCAAGUUCUUGAGGAAAAGUCAAGAGGAAGACCGAAAAGUAGGCGAAGGUCUUUUGGGGUUGUAGACAUAAAUUUUGAUACAAGUGCGAAAAGUAAGGGUUUGAAACAGACAGCCUGUGACAGCAUCACUGAUGAUAUUGUGUCAAAAUCAGAUGUCACAAAUAGAUUGACAGAAAACGAACUGGCUGUGGGAAUUGAAGGUUUAGAUUUAGAAAAUAGAGGCAAUAUCGAAAAGACAAGCAUUAGAAAGAAGAGAAGAUCAUUAAAAAUUGAAAAAUUGGACAAAAUUGAAGAAAGCGAGGAGAAAGUUGAAAUUUUGGAAACACAAGCAAAUAAACCUACCAAAAAACCUAGGGGGAGACCUCGAAAAAGUAUCGGUCCAUUUACAAGUAAUUCUUCAUCACCAAAGGUGUCAGAGAACAGUGGCUACUUAGAAAAAAUCACUGAGGAAAUUUCACAAGUGUCUUUGGUGGACAAUAGUGCAGUUACAUCAGGUAAUAAAACAUCUGAUGAGCCACCAGUACGUAUGACGAUUGAAUCUCUAGAACUACCAGAUGAUCUACCAGCACCAAGGAAGAAACGAAGGCGAUCAGCUGAGGCAGCACAACUGAAACUUCAAAUGUUUGUUGAGGAAUGUGAACAAUCACCACAAAGAGAUGAAGCUAAGGGGUUGUUUUCAGAAUUCAAAACUGGCAGGAAACGCAAACAUGUGGAAGAAUCGCAUGAAGAAAUAGAGAAAAUUUACAGAAAUAAGAAUUUUGUGAAACCUGAAGAACAAAAACCUUGGCAUACAAUUUUAGAAGCACCCGACAAAACUGGUGACUUCUUUGGGAAGAAAAAAAUAUUGAGGCAUAUAAACUUUGAAAAACCUACACAAAUGAAAUUGAGGCGGAGACUUCAAAAGGCUGUUAAGAACGGCUGGGACCCUAAAAAGAAACAAAAAUCUAGGCUGAAUGAUGACUUUGUUUCUGAGAAACUUGAUAAUCUUUGGUCAGAACUGGAUAGUGAAGGGUCUGAGUCCUUGGUAGAAAAGUUGAAAAGUAUUGUAGAUACUGAAUAGUGUUCAAUAGUACAUAACAUAUAUAUUGUGUAUGUGAACUUGUUUUUUGUAAGUAUAAUGCACUUUUUGUUGAGAAAUGUCCCGUGGGGGAAUUACAUGUCAAAGGGACUAGACACCAGACGGUACAAUACAAGCCUAGAAUUGUCAAUAUGAGCUGCUAUGAGGCCAAAAGUACUUAAUUAUACAUGAUUAAAGUAAUAUAUUGUCGUCGUCUCUGCUGAGUUAACCUGUUUUAAAAUAGUGCAUAAUGAUUUCCCAGAGUAUGUAUCUUUAGCAUGUGAAGGUCACGUUAUUUGUACAGAUACAUAUACCGAUGCCAUUUUUUAAAGUAACUGGGAUUUUCGAAUUGGAAAAAUAUGCAAAAACUGCGAUAAAUAAAUGUUUUGUUAUUGAUGUUAUACAUUCGUAAGUAAGAUUCAAUGGGUUAUACACAACCAUUUUACAUAAGUUUUUGACAUUUUUCUUUUUUACCUGCAAUUGUAUCAUCUGGUGUCUAGUCCCUUAAAUGUUGCAUGAUCUGUCAAAGAAUGUGUCAUUUGCUGAAUUUAUGUAAAUUAUUUCAACAAAUAAAUUUUAUGCUUAAAUUAUUUCUACAAAUGAUGAAGUUUCAGUCACUAUGUUAUGGAACAAGCUCCAGUUUUAUUUUAAGUUUAGCAAGUAUUUUUAGUUUAAUAUUUGUACACCAUAUAUACAUAUUUAUCAUUUAUGAUGUAAAUUUCCCUAUUUAUGUUUGUACAUGUAUCUGUAUACUGUUGUAAGAGUCGGUGAGUGAUAUUUAUCCUAUUAUAAUAUUCGCUUUAUAGUAAAUAUAUACUUGCAUGCAGAUACUAUAAAAUAUCCUAAAAUUGAACAACUGUUUCGUUUUCUUCAGAAUUUGACUAAGAAUGAAAGAUCUUUACAAUUUUAGGUUUAAAGGGUUUUUAUAAAGAUAAUCAACCUUAAUUGUUUAUACAUUUAUUUUGAAUUUAAGGAAUCUUUUCAUAUUAUAUUAGGAUCAUACUUGGAUAUAACUGCUUAUUAAUCUUGAUGGAAUUUAGACAGUUUGUAAUGGUUUUAUCAACUGAACAUUAAAUGUAGACGAUAUAUUCCUUUUAUUUUGUGACUGUACAUACAUGUACAUGUAUAUUAUAGGAACAGGAGUACUAUACAUGUCUGUUGAUUUUGAAGUUCUUACCCCAAGGUCAACGCGAU